AUGACUUCUACAGAGCACACUGACGUUUUAGUAUGCGGUGCUGGUCCCGUUGGGCUACUAACUGCCCUGGGACUCUCGCAACAGGGCAUUGACACUUUUCUCAUAGAAAAGAGAGAGCGCGCAACGCAACAAAUGUUUGGCCGUGCUGCAGCUUUAUUUCCUCGAUCUGUGGAAUUACUAGAACAGAUUCAUGUUGCCCAAGACGUAUUACAGACUGCCUUUAUUGCCCGGCAAGGGGUUACCUUCAAAGAUGGUAAACGCAUAACGAAUAGAGGCUGGCACGUAGUGUUGCCUACUGUAGCCAGCAGUUUUCAUAACUACGCAGUCAACAUUCGUCAAAAGCACAUUGAAGAUAUCCUCGCACACAAAUACAACUCUGAUUAUGAGAAGUCAGUUCAUUUUGGCUGGGCAAUUACGGACUAUGCAAUUGACAAGUCACUCGACGACGGCUACAAUAUCACGGCCACAAUUACCCAUAUUUCCCUGGGAAAUCGAACAGUGCGGUGUAAAUACCUCGUUGGAGCCGAUGGUGCUCAAUCCAGCGUCCGCCAGUUGGCUGGCGUUGCAAUGGAAGGUGAUGAAACCACGUACAAGUGGAUUCGCAUCGAUGGCAAGGUAAAAACUGACAUGCCAGAUCAUAAUGCCGGCUAUGCUGCCAUUGAGAGUAAUACCCACGGUACCGUCUUGUGGAUCAAAUUAGAUGGCGACGCACAUCGGGUUGGUUUUGCUAUCCCACCCCAUCUCCAGGAGAAAUACCCAGAGGGACCAAAUGAAGCGGAAGUUAUCAAAGAAGCUAUUGGUGCGGUCCUUGCGUUCAAACUCGAGUUUGAACGCGUUGACUGGUGGACCUAUUACAGCAUCAAACAGAAGGUUGCUUCGACGAUGCAGAAGGACAAUUAUGUUCUUCUUGGCGGUGAUGCCGCCCACACACAUUCCUCAGGCUUAGCACAAGGCCUUAAUACUGGUAUCCAUGACGCUACCAACCUUGUGUGGAAAUUAGCUGGAACCCUGAAAGGCUGGUAUAAAGAUGAUGUACUCUCUACAUACGCGUCCGAGCGGCGUGAGAUAGCCAAGAGGUUAAUUGCCCUGGAUAAACUGGUUGCUGCGACUAUAUCGGGCGACAUUCCAGUGGCUUAUACCCAGAGCGAAACCAACCCAGAUGAGGUAUUGAAGAAAUUGAUUCUGCAGAAUGCUGGAUUUACAACCGCUCUAGGGAUUGAAUAUCAGAAGUCUGUCAUCAACAAAGACACCAAUAUAGGAAAUAUUGUGGCAGGCACUCGAGCUGAAGACUCCCUGAUUUACCAACCAGGCCCAUUGGUGCCUAUUCGCCUGCAUUACCUUCUCAAUGAAGAGAGCCAAGGUCGUUGGAGCGUCUUGAUAUUCGUGGGCCAUGCCUCUCGGAAUGGUGGUAAAAUCGCGGCUCUACGCACAAGAUUAGCUUCUGAUAUGGGCUACUUAGCUGGAGCUCCAUUCUUGAACAUGUUGACUAUAGUUGCCGGCUCGAUACCGGGCGCUUGGGACGCCUUCGAUGGGCCUGCUGUGGGCAAACUAUACCUUGAUAAAGAUUUCACAGCCCACGAUCGUUACGGUAUCACAUAUGAAAAUGGAGGAAUUGUUGUUGUGAGACCAGAUGGAAUAUUGGCAUACAGCUCUCCACUUGAUGGAUUGGACGAUAGCAAGGAGUUCUUCACGGGAUUUUGUAACUCGAUUUAA